GGGCUGCGGGAGGAGCUUGGCGGAGGCUGCGGUUUUCGCAUCUCCGGUCUCCCCUCCUUCUCUUUGUUGAGGGUUGGGCUUCUCCCACCCCUUCGCUCCUGAGUCGGAGGAAGAAAGGAAGGAAGCCCAACGCUCGGCGCUAAGUGCAGGGGGAAACCUAAGAACAUGCUGUAGAAAAUGGUGAAAGAAACCACUUACUAUGAUGUUUUGGGGGUCAAACCCAAUGCCACCCAAGAAGAAUUGAAAAAGGCUUACAGGAAACUGGCCUUGAAGUACCACCCUGAUAAGAAUCCAAAUGAAGGAGAGAAGUUUAAACAGAUUUCUCAAGCUUACGAAGUGCUCUCUGAUGCAAAGAAAAGGGAAUUAUAUGAUAAAGGAGGAGAACAGGCAAUUAAAGAAGGUGGAGCAGGUGGUGGUUUUGGCUCCCCCAUGGAUAUCUUUGAUAUGUUUUUUGGAGGAGGAGGAAGGAUGCAGAGAGAAAGGAGAGGUAAAAAUGUUGUGCAUCAACUCUCAGUAACUUUAGAAGAUUUAUAUAAUGGUGCAACAAGAAAACUAGCUCUGCAGAAGAAUGUGAUUUGUGACAAAUGUGAAGGCCGAGGUGGUAAGAAAGGAGCAGUAGAAUGCUGUCCCAAUUGCCGAGGUACUGGAAUGCAAAUAAGAAUUCAUCAAAUAGGACCUGGAAUGGUUCAGCAAAUUCAGUCUGUGUGCAUGGAGUGCCAGGGCCAUGGGGAGCGGAUCAGUCCUAAAGAUAGAUGUAAAAGUUGCAAUGGGAGGAAGAUAGUUCGAGAAAAGAAAAUUCUAGAAGUUCAUAUUGACAAAGGCAUGAAAGAUGGCCAGAAGAUAACAUUCCAUGGUGAGGGAGACCAAGAACCAGGACUGGAGCCAGGAGACAUUAUCAUUGUUUUAGAUCAGAAGGACCAUGCCGUUUUUACUCGACGAGGAGAAGACCUUUUUAUGUGUAUGGACAUACAGCUGGUUGAGGCAUUGUGUGGCUUCCAAAAGCCGAUAUCUACUCUUGACAACCGAACCAUAGUCAUCACUUCUCAUCCAGGUCAGAUUGUCAAGCAUGGAGAUAUCAAGUGUGUGCUAAAUGAAGGCAUGCCAAUUUAUCGUAGACCAUAUGAAAAGGGUCGCCUAAUUAUUGAAUUUAAGGUGAACUUUCCUGAGAAUGGUUUUCUCUCCCCUGAUAAACUCUCUUUGCUGGAAAAACUCCUACCUGAGAGGAAGGAAGUAGAAGAGACUGAUGAAAUGGACCAGGUAGAACUAGUGGACUUUGAUCCAAAUCAGGAGAGACGACGCCAUUACAAUGGAGAAGCAUAUGAGGAUGAUGAACAUCAUCCUCGGGGUGGUGUUCAGUGUCAGACCUCUUAAUGGGGCCAGUGAAUAACGCUUACUGCUGGCAUUUUAUUUGCUGCAGUAGUGAUUGAGUGAAGGACUAUAAUCAUAAUAUGCUCACUACUUGGUAUUGUUUUAAUAUUCAACUAUAGUAGUGUUUUAAAAGUUAAAUGAAGAAUAAACUCAAAUAUAAAAGCUCUGACUUUGCCCUGUAUGUAUGGUGACUUCAGUGUGCAAGAAAAGUUUAAUACCUGUAAAAAACUACUUUAAAAAAAACAAUUCCCCUACCAUUUGUUAGGCCAUACCUUGUAAUUGAUUUCAGCUAUGUACAUGGAAUAGCUUAGACUGAAAUGCCAGGUGUGUAUGUAUUGACUUCAGUGUAUGACCCUUAAUUGUUAAGCUAUGAAGUUAAAACUGUAUUUAACUGGCAAUCAGGCAAAGAACUUAAUUUGUAGAAGUGUUGGUCUGUAUAGUUGUAUUCAGUUGGGAUUCAUUGUGAUGCUUCUGCAUUUAUUAUUCUAUUGCCUCAACUGUUACUUGAAGAUGGCAUGCUAUAUAUAUAAUUUAAUUUAGCCUCUGGUGAUAGUGAUAGAAAUGAUACCUUUCUAAAGAAGGGGUUUAUCAUUAACAUGCUGCUUGAGGGCUUUGCACUUGUAGAAUUGCAUUCCCUUUUGCUGUGCCAUCUUUUUUUAAAUAUAACUAUUGGUCCUGAUUAAACAUUUUUUUUCCCUCUUUGGAGCACGGUAAGCAUUAGAGUAGUGACUUCUCUGGAGCAGGAUAAUUUAGAAGUUAGUGGUGAGACCUUAACAUGGAGAAGUAAUUUGCAUGUAUCAGGAUAGGAAGGUGUUUUGCAGGCAUGUUAUAGGCUUACUUUAAACCAUUUAACUUACGCUCCAAAGUAACUGUAAUUUAAUGUUGGUAGUAUAGCAAAUUAUGAUGAAUAGCUUUAAUUAACUGUAUGUUUAAAGUCAUGUUCACAAGCUUAAAUCUGGAUAUCAGAAUUUAAGCAAUUCUUGAAAUGUAUGACUGUUUCCUUAAUACACUGAUUAUAAAGCAUGUCCAAUGUGUCACCACAGGCCUUUUUUUUCCCCCAGGUUAAAGCAUUGCUUUUGUACUAAUUAAGAUUAUUCAUUUAACUAGUUAAAAUGAGUAAUACAAAAACACUAUAUAACCGUAGUUAAUGUUUAUAUUAAGCAAGGGUGAGGAGCGAAAGUGGAGGGGCUUAAGUAUCUUAACACUGCAAGUGAGAAUAUGAGGGCUUUCUGCUUAUUAAUUCUGCUCUGGUUCUGUUAUCUCCCAUAUCAGGAGGCUUAAACAUUUCUAACUUGGAAGUAACCCACAACUUAGAACACUUGAGUUGGAGGG